GUACCCUAAAGGACAGUGAAUUUAAAGUUGUUGGCAUAUCUUUGUUAAAAAAAGGAAAUCUCUUCUCCUUUGUCUGCUUUCCCAAUUCCUCCGUCCUGCUACCCUGUAUCUCCCCAUCCCCCUUUCCCAGCAAAGGGCACCGUAGUUGGGAGCAAGCAGGCAAACAACAAGGGGUCACUGCAACAUGGGAAGUCAGGAGAUCGGAUGAGAAAACCAUACAAAUCAGAACACACACUGGGUGCACAGAAUUCAAUGCCACGGGACAUAAAAAGAUCCAUCCUAGUCAAUUGACACAACGCAAGGUAGAAGCCGAAAACAAAAUGAGCACAACGAAUUCAGAACGACUUGGCAAUGACACUGCUGGAGGCUCCCUUAUUUUUGGACUUUUCAACACCACUAUACAUAAUGUUGCUAUAAAUGCUACCGACAUACCAUCAGACAUCACAAACACACUACCCAUCAUCAUCUCUCUUGUCUGCAUUUUCCUUCUUCUUGCAACCUGUCUUAUUUUUGUGACACUUUGUAAACCUGCUGCACUAGAUCAGUCCCUGUACGGUCCACACGAAUGUAUGCCAUAUCAUGUAGAGGAUGCCAGCGAGCCUCAACUAAGACUGUGGAAGAGACUUGGAUCACUAAGACAUUCAGUCAACAAUUUCCGAAGGAGUCGACCAAUUUCACAACAUCAAAGGGCUUGCCCAAGACUGCCACCAACCAACCAGGACUGGUCAUUUAUGGAGUCCACCAAAAUGUGACCUGGCAGAAGCAAGUUUAAGAGACUCUUUGGAUUUAAAGAAUGGGUAUUUGUGCUGGUGAUUGGGUUUAACAUUAAACACUGUGUAUUGUAUAUAGAAUUAGUUAUAUUUAAGGUCAAUAUUUGCAGGACAACAUGGCCAUACUGAUAAGUUCACAAUGUUGAAAUUUAAAGUUCUCAAGGAAAUAAUUGUUUGCACGAGGCAAGCACGUUUUUUUAUUAGUGAAAUUACUAAAGUACUGGUGUUACCAAGAAAUACAAUUUACAAUUGUUUCCUGGACAUUACUGAUACUACUGAUUUGGAUCUUAUCAGUAAAAUUCAUGCAAAAAUAAAAACAAUGUUCUCAUUUUA